CCAUCCUAUCCUCUCUCUCUCUCUCUACUAUUCAUUCGACCACUGUGUGUGUGUGCAUACGCCUCCUACAAUGCGAUAUCACAUCGCCAGUGCCAUUCCAAAAUGCAACAUACAACCCACCACAACAACUCCCUUCCAUUGCCAACGUCGCAUUGCCCUCAUCCAUCACAUCUAACCACAACCCCUACCCCCAGUCAGUCAGUAAGAAAAGGCAAGCCCCCGCAAACAACACCAUUCUACCAAUCCAUCCAGCCCCAAAACCCUAGGGAAAAGCACUACUACAAACCCUACCCUCCUACGCCGCACCAAACCCCACGGACACACAAAAAGACGAAACAGAAUCCUGCAACCCCACUCCGAGAGCGCGAAAAACAUUAUAGAGGGAAAGCAACGCGUCAGAAUCAAUCAUCGGAAAUCUGCCUUGUUUCAAACAUUGACUUUUAUUUUCCCCCCUAUCCUUCUUCCUUUAUAUUUUGUUUUCUUUUUUGCGUAAAGGUUACGAGUUUUGUUGUAGAAAUCAGACUUGCACCUUGCUAUCAACGAGAGACUGUACUUUGUAUCUCUCUUACUCUACCUUGCACAUGCGAUACAUGCUACAGCAUAACACUUAUAUACGUUAUGUAUGUACCUAGGUUUGUACACACGAGUAAUUAG